AUGGUCUACUCAACCGAACCUACCGCUCUACUAUCGCCUCUCCAUAGAGCAGAUGGUUCUGCUAGCUUUUCACAAAACGGUUAUACUGUUAUUGGCGCUGUAAACGGUCCUAUUGAAGUUCAGAGACGCGACGAAUUACCAGAAGAAGCAGCUAUAGAUGUUAUUGUAAGGCCAGCUGCUGGUGUUGGAGGCUAG